UACGCGGACAAGAUGGCGGCGGCAGCGGUCGAUAGCGCGAUGGAGGUGGUGCCGGUGCUGGCGGAGGAGGCCGCGCCGGACGCGGCGGGACUCAGCUGCCUGGUCAACCUGCCGGGCGAGGUGCUGGAGUACAUACUGUGCAGCGGCUCGCUGACGGCCGCCGACAUCGGCCGCGUCUCCAGCACCUGCCGGCGGCUGCGCGAGCUAUGCCAGAGUAGCGGGAAGGUGUGGAAGGAGCAGUUCCGGGUGAGGUGGCCUUCCCUUAUGAAACACUACAGCCCCACCGACUACGUCAAUUGGUUGGAGGAAUAUAAAGUUCGACAGAAAGCAGGGUUAGAAGCCCGGAAGAUUGUAGCCUCAUUUUCAAAGAGGUUCUUUUCAGAGCACGUCCCUUGUAAUGGUUUCAGUGACAUUGAGAACCUUGAGGGACCAGAGAUAUUUUUUGAGGAUGAGCUGGUGUGUAUCCUAAAUAUGGAAGGAAGAAAAGCUCUGACCUGGAAAUAUUACGCAAAGAAAAUUCUUUAUUAUCUCCGACAACAGAAAAUUUUAAAUAAUCUCAAGGCUUUUCUUCAGCAGCCUGAUGACUAUGAGUCGUAUCUUGAAGGCGCUGUGUAUAUCGAUCAAUAUUGCAACCCUCUUUCCGACAUCAGCCUCAGAGACAUCCAGGCCCAGAUCAACAGCAUCGUAGAACUUGUUUGCAAAACUCUCCGGGGCAUAAACAGUCGCCACCCCAGCUUAGCCUUCAAGGCAGGCGAAUCCUGCAUGAUAAUGGAGAUAGAACUCCAGAGCCAGGUGCUGGAUGCCAUCAACUAUGUGCUUUAUGAUCAGCUCAAGUUCAAGGGGAAUCGAAUGGACUACUAUAACGCCCUAAACUUAUAUAUGCACCAGGUUUUGAUCCGUAGAACAGGCAUCCCAAUCAGCAUGUCUCUGCUGUAUUUGACAAUUGCCCGGCAGUUGGGAGUCCCUCUGGAGCCUGUCAACUUCCCAAGUCACUUCUUAUUAAGAUGGUGCCAAAGUGCAGAAGGGGCGACACUAGACAUCUUUGACUACAUCUACAUUGAUGCUUUUGGGAAAGGCAAGCAGCUGACAGUGAAAGAAUGUGAAUACCUGAUCGGCCAGCACGUGACCGCCGCCUUGUACGGGGUGGUCAACGUCAAGAAGGUGCUGCAGCGAAUGGUGGGAAACUUGCUGAGCCUGGGAAAGCGGGAAGGCAUCGAUCAGUCCUACCAGCUCCUGAGAGACUCACUGGAUCUCUACCUGGCAAUGUACCCGGACCAGGUGCAGCUUCUCCUCCUUCAAGCCAGGCUUUACUUCCACCUGGGAAUCUGGCCAGAAAAGUCUUUCUGUCUUGUCUUGAAGGUGCUUGACAUCCUCCAGCACAUCCAAACCCUCGACCCCGGGCAGCACGGGGCGGUGGGCUAUCUGGUACAGCACACUUUAGAACACAUUGAGCGUAAAAAGGAGGAGGUAGGCGUGGAGGUCAAGCUCCGUUCCGACGAGAAGCACAGAGAUGUCUGCUACUCCAUUGGGCUCAUUAUGAAGCAUAAGAGGUAUGGCUAUAAUUGUGUCAUCUAUGGCUGGGACCCCACCUGCAUGAUGGGACACGAAUGGAUUCGAAACAUGAAUGUCCACAGCCUGCCUCAUGGCCAUCAUCAACCUUUCUAUAAUGUUCUGGUGGAGGAUGGCUCUUGUAGAUAUGCAGCCCAAGGUACAUGCAUGUCCCUUCCUAAAGAAGGACUAGACGGACACACAGACCAACGGUUGUUUCCUCCGGGGCCAAGACGGGACAGGGGCCCAAGGAACGCUCAGAAAACUUGGAAUAUAACGUGGAACCUCAAGAAAUCUCGCACCCCGACGUCGGACGCUAUUUCUCAGAGUUUACUGGCACACACUACAUCCCGAAUGCAGAGCUAGAAAUUCGAUAUCCAGAGGAUCUGGAGUUUGUCUAUGAGACGGUGCAGAAUAUUUACAGUGCCAAGAAAGAGAACAUAGAGUAGAGUCUAGUAGAGGGCACUGACCUUUGCUGCUGCUGCUAUCUUCCAGGAGAACAGGAUUCCGGAAGAAGAUGGCGCCACGGAUUCCUCUGGUUUCACACCGCCAGGAAAGCCACUUCACCAGUAGUGCUGGCUGCCUCCUACUAAGUUCAAAUAACGUGUGCUGUCUUUCAGCUGCAAAGACAAUGUUGCUCUCCGCCUACACUAGUGAAUUGACUUGAAAGGCACUGUGUUCAGUGGCAUGGCUUGUAUGCUUGUCCUGUGUUGACAGCUUGUGACAUUCUGUCUUCAUGAGGUCCCACAAUCAACACUUCUCUCUUCAUUCUUUCUCAUCACUUCCUUAUGUCUGUCUACACGUGUCUUAGAUCAUCUCAUUUGAUGGACAGUUGGGGUUAUUCAUUUGCAAUAUUUUUUUCUAAUUUCUCUACGGAACACGUGCAAUCCUCGAUCAGGACUGUUUGUCUUUCUACUCUGAACUGAGUCGUAUGUUCAGAGGUCAAGUUGUACGCAUUCUUGCCCACAUCUCGGAGCUGGAGGCAUUAACAAGCUUAAUGGGAAUUAGAAUCAUUCGAAUUUAUUUUUGCUAAGUUUGUAACACCGAUUCUGGUGUUUGUCUUUUUCUUUAUUUGAAUCAAGAGAAUAAGUUUUCCCUUCCCUGUGCCUCUCCUGAUCGUUAGUUUUCUAUUUCACGAUACAACAUUCUUUGAGAAAACACAUAAUAAUGGCCCUUGUGAAUGGACUUUGCCACAUUCACUCAUUCCUCUCUUUUUUUUUUGUUUAAAAAAUGCACUCAAUAUCAUGAGUAAGUCUUCGGUCGAUGACUGGUUGUAUUUGUAGUGAGACAAGUACAAAUCUGAUGUUAAAAAAUCUUAGAAAUCAUAUUCUGUGGUUCCAAAGACCUAAAACUGAGGUUUUGCUUUUGUAAUCACAAAAAAAGAAGAAAUAAUGAACCUUAAGCAUUUAAAAAAAAAAAAAAACCGGGGAAGCG